AUGGCCGCUGCCUGGAGCACAGCGGACCCUAGUGAUGCACCGGCUGGAGCGCUUGCGUCGUCACACCCCAACCGCCCAACGCUUUUCCCGUUGGUUGGCCUGCUGGUCUGCAUGCAUGCCCUUGCGCCAUCAAACCCUCCUUCGAACGCCCGCACCCGCGAAAGCAACCCGCCGCCCGCACCCCCUUGCCCUGACUUGCCCUUACUCACCACCACCUCCUCCUCAGCAGCUCCUGCCUCUCCCCCACCAUCCACUACCGCGCUCCGUCUCAUCUCGCCGCCGUCGCCGCCGUCAUUCUCACCGUCGCUGCGCGUGCUACAUAUUCAGAAGCACCGCUGCAAGGUCGGCCGCUCCAUCUUGCCACAUACAAGCCCGCCCUGCCUGCCCCCUCCAUCCCAUAGACGUCCGCAGCUCAAGCGGCGUGCAGCGCUCAGAGCAUACAUCCCGCUACGUCCCAUCAUCUCGAUCCCCUCCCUCUUCAUGACGUCGACUGCACCCCCGCCUUCCAGGGGUUACGCGCCGCUGGGCCAGCUCCCCGCCUCUAUGCGUUCCUCGCAGCCCAUGCCUGCUCCGCUCAGCCGCGUUGCCCUGGCCGCUAAGCAGAACCAGAUCCUCGCGCUCCAGGCGCUCCAGGCAGCCGCCGCCUCGGCUUCCGCCUCCGCCUCCGUCUCCUCGGCAUCCUCCUCCACCGCCGGCUCUCCCCCGCCUGCCACAUCGUACCUCAAGCCCUCCGUCGGCACUGUCCAGACCGCAGGUGCCAAACGCGGCCGCAAGUUCCAAGCAUUUAGGGCGCCAGCGCUCGUCACCUCUCCGCUAGCAUCUUCGCUGCCACAUUCGUCGGCACAGACCACAGCCAAGCUGACGCCGCUCAUCACCACCAGCGUGCCACACUGGUCUGCCGAGGGGUCGCAUCCGCUCUUUGAUCCGUCGUCCGGCAAGCGAUCCGAGAUCUACUCUCUCACCAACGACCGCUAUCCCGGUGCGCCAGGCACUGCGCUCGCCAAGGCGCGCGAGGCCCAGCAAAAGGCUCUCCAGACGGCCAAGCGCGAAGCCGCCAAGAAGCUCGCAUCCAAGGCCGAGCUCGAGCAUCUCGGUGUCAAGGGACUCGGCAAGAAGCGCAAGAGCAGCAGCCCCUACGCGACCGUAGGUGCCACCGCCAAUGCUGCUACGACUGUUCAGGUAGAUCCGGUGUAUUCGGCAAGCACAUCGCGAGCCGUCCAGGAGUACAUUGCGAGCCAAGCCAUGAGCCGCGACUCUUCCCGCAGCCGUUCCUCGGCCAAGCCCGCAGCCUCGGACAACACUCUCACGGUGCCUUCGGUCAGUCGAUCGCGUCGACCCGCUUCGAGGGCGUCCUCGCCGGCUCCAGCAAUGGCCCAGGCGCCAUCCGCACGGCGCUCGGGCACCCGUUCGGGAUCCACAGCUCCUUCGGAAGAAGAGGCGACGCGCAACAGCCGUGGGUCUCCCUCGCGCGGGACCAGUCCGCCGGAUCAGAACAAGAGCCUGCACGGCCUGUCUUCGACGGCACCAUUCCAGAGCAGUCCUCUCGCCGCCAGCGCAAUCACGAUGGAGCCACUGCUCGACACCGAAGACGCCGAGCAGAACAGCGCCAAGCCCGAUGCAUCCCUGGCUGAGGUCUCGGUCUCGGCGGCGCGUGCUGCCUCAUCUGCCAAGCGCAAGGCUAGCGCUUUGAGCCAGGAGGUGCAAGCCGACAAUAGCGUCGAGGUUGCAGCAGCCGAUGCUCUAGACGAGACGAGCAAGCGGCUCAAGCGCGAUGGCGACGAAACGAGCGCCGAUCCAGCCGGACACGAGGCACCUGCGCGCCACGUCAAGGAAGGAUCGCCCUCGUCGGUCUCGUCCAGCCGCCGCACAUCGCCCAGGAUGUCGUCGCGCCGCAUCGUCGCCGAAGCUGCAUGA